AUGGGCGAGAAUCCUCAAUAUCCACAGCAAACUUGGGCAUACUCAUAUGACCCAAAUUACAAUCAAACACAAUACAUUCCACCUCCACCAGGAACUCAGCCAGACUACUCUUCAACUUAUUUUCAAAACGCUGCUGCUUCACAACAAACAUAUUACACUUAUCCUAACACCACACAAAUUACAAAUUCAACUUACCCACCUGGUAUAACUCCCGAUUUUGGUGCACAGAUUUCUAAUAACGCACAACCUGACCCGCCCGGCGUCACUUCAGCAUCUUCUUGGUAUACCGGUAUCAUGAAAGAAGUGACUCCCGCCGCCACGAUGUCAACUAAUACCACAAAUAUCACAUCACGUUCUACAACAACAACAUCAGAGAAACCUUCUACGAUACAAGCUCCCGCCAGCCUUUUUUCAACUGUUGUUUCAUCUACAAUAAAUAAAUCAAAAGACCCAGAGCCUAAAGCUCUUACAUUAGAUAAAGUACAACAAACUACAUCAGGAAUAGCUAAUUUAAAUGUCGGAUCUAAUGCGCAAUCCAAUAAGGAUAAAACAAAAUAUAAACCCGCUUAUCAUCCUAUCAAAAUGCCUAAAUCAUCGAAGAAAACGCCCGGUCGAAAUCCCUUAGAUGAUUCAAGAUCGGGACCUUCGACUACUGCGAAUCAACAACGUCAAAAGUCUCCCGCAAAAGAAGCGAAAGAACAAUGGCCCGAUAGUUUAAAGGAUUAUGUCAGACGUAGUUUUGAUGCUGCAGGAGAAAAUAUCGAUGCAGUUGAAAAAGAAUUAAAAGAAUUAAUUAGUAAAAAAUUAGAUAAUCGGGCGAUGUGGACAACCGAUUGGGCUAACAUGAAAUUGCCAGCAGCAUGUUCAGAGAAUGCUGAUUCAAAAGCCGAUUCAAAACGAAAAGUUAUAAGAUCGCCAGAGAGACCAGUUCAAAUAGAAGUUGAUAUUGGCGAACAAUCGAAAAGGGAAAAACGUCUUAAACGAUUUGGGGGAGCAGAUGCAAAUAAUACACCUGAACAACAGGAUGUGCUGACAUUUAAUAAUCAGGAUGACAGCAGUGUAGCUAAUCAAUACAAAAUAAUUGUUGGCACAAGCCAACAAUUAGAAAAAAAUUAUCUUCGGCUUACUUCUGCUCCUGAUCCUUCUUCUGUCCGACCUUUAGAAGUUCUACAGAAAACAUUAGAAUUUUUGAAGGAUAAAUGGAGAGAAGAGCAAAAUUAUACAUAUAUUUGCGAUCAAUUUAAAUCUUUGCGACAAGAUUUAACGGUACAACAUAUACAAAACGAGUUUACCGUUAAAGUCUAUGAGACGCAUGCUCGAAUUGCCCUUGAAAAGGGUGAUCUAGGUGAAUAUAAUCAAUGCCAAACACAGUUAAAAACUUUAUAUAAACAGAACAUAGCAGGUCAUAUAAUGGAAUUCACGGCAUAUCGUCUUUUAUAUUUUUUACAUACAAAAAAUAGAUCAGACAUUAUGAAGUUAAUUGUCACAUUAACGCCAGAAAUGCGCAAUGAUCCGACCAUAAAACACGCAUUAGAAGUAAGAUCUGCAUUAGCAACUUCAAAUUAUCACAAGUUUUUCCGGUUAUAUAUGGAAGCGCCGUAUAUGGGCGGUUAUUUGAUAGAUCAUUUUGUUGGUAGAGAAAGAGUCGAUGCAUUAUUAGCUUUAUGUGAAUCAUUUCGACCGAAUCUUGAUCUUGAAUUCGUCACAAGAGAACUUAGUUUUGUCGACCUUCAAGAAUGUAUCAAAUUCCUAAAAGAACACAAUGUUGAAUGCAUCAUAGAAGGUCAUUUGCUCGAUACCAAAAAAGCGGAAGCUCCUCUACGGGCAAGCA